AUGGCGAACAAACUUCUUAGGGUUGGGCUGUUUAAUGCAGGCUCCCUUGGCACAAACCACGAUAACCUUGUAGCUACAGUAAGCCGGCACUGUGUAGACGUUUUAGCGAUUAAUGAAACAUGGCUAAGAGUAGGCGAGGAAGGACGUGCCCCAAGUGUGGCGGGAUAUUAUCUACGCCAUAGACCCAGAGCACAAGAGGUACGCUCGCGGGGUGGUGGUGUAGGUUAUUAUAUUAAACGUGGAAUUAAUGCGCGUACUUGGGACCAUCCUGUAGACCCACUACAUAAAGCAGUAGAACAGAUGUGGUUGACCUUAACAAUUUGUGGGAGAAAAAUAGCAUUAGGUACAGCAUAUCGUCCCCCUUGGUUAGAUGUGGAUGUUUUUUUAGACGCUCUCACAGACACCAUUAAUGCAAUCCCCGGUCAUGACUAUUUGGUCUUGGUUGGUGAUUUUAACAUUAAUAUGCUUAGUCCUGAAGAAAUAAAAACAAAUAAGCUGUCAACAUUUUUAACAUGUCUAGGACUGAGCCAGUUGGUGUCAGCACCAACUCAUUUUACUGAAACUUCACAGACUCUGAUUGAUGUUAUUUGUUCAAAUCUACCAGCUAAAAAUAUUUUUGUGGAGCAUGUGGGGUCACUGUAUGGUCAUUGUUUUGUGACAUGUGAGUUUAAUAUUAAAUCUGAGAAAAUAAAACCAUAUUCUAUGACUUAUAGACCUAUAAAACACAUUGAUACAGAUAACUUUAACUUAGACUUAGAAGCUAUACAAUGGAGUCAGAUUUCGACACUUGAUGAUGUUAACGAGAUGGUUAACAUAUUCAAUCACAGUGUCUUGACUCUAUUUGAUACACAUGCACCAUUACUCUCCACUGUUAUAAAGACUCACUCCUAUCCGUGGAUCACAGAUACCAUAAAAUUGAUGAUGAAACUGCGUGAUAAAGCCUCUGCAGAAUAUCAUAAAACAAAAUCUGAUAGCUUGCCUUACACUCUAUUUUCCUAUAUAACUUACUUUGAAUUCCAUAAAUUUAGCGAAGCCACAUUUCAUUUGAAGACGGUUACAGUAAGCGAAAUUAUUAAUAUUAUAAAAUCAUUGAGAUCUAAAGCAGAGGGAUGUGACUCAAUAAAUCUGGAGAUGCUUUUGCUAACGAUGCCUGAUACAUUGGAAACCAUCACUUCUAUAGUGAAUGCAUCUAUUGUAACCUCAACCUAUCCAGAUGUUUGGAAAACGGCAGUGGUGCGACCGCUCCCGAAAAUUUCAAACCCCACAGAUCUUAAGGAUCUGAGGCCAAUAAGUAUUCUGCCAUGCCUAUCGAAGAUACUUGAAAAGUCAGUAUCGAAGCAAAUAACAGUUUACUUAGAAAAAAACCAUAUGUUACCAGAGGUCCAGUCAGGUUUUAGAAGGGGUCGCAGUACUGUCACAGCACUGCUUGAUGUGACUGAUAAUAUUUUACAAUCACAGGAUCAGGGGAUGUGCACUCUCCUCGUACUGCUUGACUUCUCACGGGCUUUCGAUUCCUUGAACAUAAAUCUCCUCCUGUCCAAAUUGAGUUAUUACGGUUUUGACAGUAAUGCCAUACAAUGGUUUCACAGUUAUCUCAGUGAACGCUAUCAGUAUGUCAAAAUAACUAAGCAUGAUGGUACCUCGCUCAUCUCAGAUAGAAUGGCAAUAUCCAAAGGCGUGCCGCAGGGCUCUAUUUUGGGACCCAUAUUAUUUUUAUUGUACUCAGCAGACAUGAAAGAUCAUAUAAUGCACUGUAGAUAUCAUUUUUAUGCUGAUGACACCCAAAUAUAUAUCUCUUGCAAACCAUCUGAUAUUGACAUUGCAAUUGAUAGACUAAAUGAAGAUCUGAAUCGGAUUGUGCUAUGGUCCAAGAGGAAUAGCUUAGUUUUAAAUCCAAAUAAAUCCAAAUAUAUGAUUUGUGGCACAAAAUCUCAAAUAUCAAGGCUAAAACAUACAAAUAAAAUAUUAUUAAUGGGUCAACCUAUUGAAAGGGUGUGGGAAGCACGUAACCUUGGCUUACAGAUGGACUGUAAUCUUAGAUUUGAGAAUCACAUCAUUGGACUAGUGAGAGAUUGUUUUUACCGCUUAAAAAUUCUUUACAAUGUGAGAGAUCACCUGGGAGUAGAUUUACGUAUUCGCCUUACUGAGUCACUGAUAUUGUCCAAGUUGAAUUACACAGAUAUUGUAUAUGGACCUCGUUUGACCGCCAAAACACAGAGACUUGUACAGAGAAUCCAGAAUGCCUGUGCUCGCUUCUGCUUCGAUAUACCCUUUAGAGAACACGUUACUCCUUACUUAAAUGUACAUUCAAUUUUAAAAAUGAAACACCGUCGCAAAUUUCACUUAGCUUGUCUUCUUUUCGAUCUUUUAAGGCGUAAGGAGCCGUCAUAUUUGUAUGAAAAGCUCACUUGGAUGUCAAGCCAUAGGACUUGUGAAUCACGACAAUGUUCCAUACAACUUGUUGUACAAAAGCACAAGACAGCCUCUUUCAGGGGCAGCUUCCGCUAUGCUGCCUCCAGGUGCUGGAACAACAUACCCCCACCAAUUAGGAAUACACAAAGUUUUCUCAAAUAUAAAUUAAAACUGAAAGAAUAUAUUUUACAUUGCCAGCAAAGCCAGGAAAAUUUUGUGCACGAUAAUGAAAUAACUGCUGCGACAUUUACAAAUGAAACUUCUAAAACACUGAAAAUGCGAAACAUCCGAAUCAUUACGUUGAAGAAAAAGAGUCCAAAUGAAAUGUACGUUAAAUACUCAAUGAAAGAAGAGACGUCACCUGAUAAAGUAAUGACUAUGUCCCCAACUGCACUUUACAAAAACAAAUUGCAAAUAUCAGACGUAAAAUAUAAGGAUUUAAAACGUCUAUGUGAUAAUGGAAUUAUACCAAAAAGGUACCACCAUGAUUAUUUUAACUUACCCCAUGGAAAUGUGGCUGACUCUCUUACGCUGACCGACGAAGAAGACGAGGAAGAGCUAAUUGAAUAA